AUGGUUCGAUGGAAGAGAUCUCAAGACCUUCCCACCACCACCACUACAGGUGUUGCUGCCGUGGGGAAUGAAGCCAUUGCGGUUGGUGGUAGCGUGAAAGAGGAGGAAGGCGAAUGGGAGACCAUGUUCGAACGCCUCAAAGCAUUCAAGACUUUGAAGGGACAUUGUCAGGCAGAUCGCGAAACGGACGAUUCCGUUUUGGCGCAAUGGGUCAUGUCGCAACGCCGCCAUUAUGUUGCCUUUGUGGCGUCCGCAUCAGGCAGCGGCCACUACGCUACAACGUGUCUCACACACGAACGAGUGGGUAGGCUUCAGCGUCUUGGCGUCGACUUGGGAGGUGUUGGUACAUUGGGCUAUGGCAACGAAGAAGAUUCACGCGACGAUGCGACUCCAACAGUGGCUUCUGACCAAGCCAACAAUGGUAAACGCAAGAAGAAGAACCCCACCGACGAAGCUGAUGCCACAGGCGAUGGCGAAACGCACGUGGAGACAAGACGCCCUCCAAAGAAGCGCAAGAAGAGUCUCGUCGAGGCUCAAAAGGAAGAAGGAAAAUACCAGCCACGACGUGUUAGUGCUGUGGGUGCCGAGGCAGAAGAACGCGAUGCUCCUUCUCACACCGAUAAUAGGGCUGCCUCUGUCGACCGUUCGGAUGGAGGCGAACGGGAUGAUGCCUCUCCUAUCAAGGAAAAACAAAUUAAGGGGAGAGGCGAUUCAGCGUGGGAAACCCUCAUGAAUGUGACGGCACUCAUGCCUCCUUUACCCACCGCUACGGCAGCGGUCGAUUCAGCCAAACCAGCUCCGGCUAUUACCGCCCCUGCGGCUCUAGUGGCAGCCUCGCCCAGUGGCAGUCCACAAACCAAGAGGGGAGUCAAGUCCAAGUACGGUGACUUGGAUGCUCUGCCCAAUGCCGGGUGCUCUUAUUCAUCCAAGUAUCGGGCAGCCAACAAUGAUGUCGUCCCCAACCAGCAACGCUGGGAAGAUAUGUUCAUGAGGUUGCACAAAUUUAAGACCAACCACGGCCAUUGCAGAGUGCCCAACCGCUUCCCGGAUGAUCCUUCGCUUGGAAGUUGGGUUGCCACUCAGCGUCGUUACUACAAAAACAAGAGUCUCCCCAUGCCAGAAGAUCGGGUGAGCCGAUUGACGGAACUCGGCUUCGAGUGGACGACCAAGGACCCUCGAAAAGUCCCCUGGGAGACCCGCUUUGAAGGUCUCCGGCAGUUCAAGGAGCGCUAUGGACACGUCGAUGUUCCUCACGAAUGGGAGGAGUGCCCUCAGCUUGGCUUCUGGACAGCCAACAUGCGCCAGCAGUACCGCUACAAGCAACUUGGAAAGAAGUCGUCGUUGACCGAUGAUCGCAUUGAGCUAUUGAAUAGCAUUGGGUUCGUAUGGAAGAUGCAAGGUGGACGCAGGAAGAAGUCAGAUCCUGUGGCCCGUCCCAACCAAAGCUCGUCUCCCUUGGCUGCUGAACAGGCCCCUGUCGUGUCUCCCCCAGGAUCUGCCCAGAAGAUGAGGCCCCUGGUGCUCGAUCCCAUGUCCACGAUGGGCACUUCGUCAGGUGUUGCCACCAGUGAGGGUGUUUCUGUUUCGAGCUACAUUCCUCCCCCCGAGGCUACCUCGAAGCAAAGUCCAGGCCAGAGUACUAGGUCCGUGGCUUACUACCCCUACCAGGCCAGUAUUUAG